GGCGGGCAUCUGGGUGGCGGUAGCCGCGCUGGUCUCUGCCGGACGGCGUGGGCGGCGGUCGCCGCAGCCGCGGAUGCUGAGUGCGGCGCUGUGGCCCCUGCAGGACCCUUGUUGCGUUUAGACCGUGACAGGAGCCAGGAUGAUCUCAUCUCCAGAUCCUUGACCUAACUAUGUCUGCAGAGACCUUUCUUCCAAGAGCCACAUUCUCAAGUUCCAGGACAUGGACACAUCAUUUUGGAGGGUGCCGUUCAACCCACUACACCUACUAUGUGCCAGACACUGUUCAGUGCUGGGGAUAUAAUAGUGAAUGUUUCUGCCCUCAUUGUGGUUACAUUUGAGUCGAGGAGCCUGGCAGUGUUCACAUGAAUUGCAUGUUCCACACCAUUCGAGACAGUGCUUCCUCGUGUCCCGUCGUCUGUCUUCAGUGGAAUAUGAUUGUAACGAAAAAACUUUUGAUAAAAUUCUUGUUGCUAAUAGAGGAGAAAUUGCAUGUAGGGUUAUUAAAACUUGCAAGAGGAUGGGCAUUAAAACGGUUGCCAUUCAUAGUGAUGUUGAUGCGAGUUCUGUUCAUGUGAAGAUGGCGGAUGAGGCUGUGUGUGUUGGCCCAGCUCCCACCAGUAAAAGCUACCUCAACAUGGAUGCCAUCAUGGAAGCCAUUAAGAAAACCAGGGCCCAAGCUGUACAUCCAGGUUAUGGAUUCCUUUCAGAAAACAAAGAAUUUGCCAGAUGUUUGGCAGCAGAAGAUGUCAUUUUCAUUGGACCUGACACUCAUGCUAUUCAAGCCAUGGGUGACAAGAUUGAAAGCAAAUUACUAGCUAAAAAUGCAAAGCUUAAUACAAUCCCUGGCUUUGAUGGAGUAGUCAAGGAUGUAGAUGAAGCUGUCAGAAUUGCAAGGGAAAUUGGCUACCCUGUCAUGAUCAAGGCCUCGGCAGGUGGUGGUGGGAAAGGCAUGCGAAUCGCUUGGGAUGAUGAAGAGACCAGAGAUGGUUUUAGAUUUUCAUCUCAAGAAGCUGCUUCCAGUUUUGGUGAUGAUAGGUUACUAAUAGAAAAAUUUAUCGAUAACCCUCGUCAUAUAGAAAUCCAGGUUUUAGCUGAUAAACAUGGGAAUGCUUUGUGGCUCAAUGAAAGAGAGUGCUCAGUUCAGCGGAGAAAUCAGAAAGUGGUUGAGGAGGCGCCAAGCAUUUUUCUGGAUUCUGAGACUCGAAGAGCAAUGGGAGAACAAGCUGUAUCUCUUGCAAAAGCAGUGAAGUAUUCUUCUGCUGGAACUGUAGAAUUCCUUGUGGAUGCCAAGAAAAAUUUUUAUUUCUUAGAAAUGAAUACAAGACUUCAGGUUGAGCAUCCUGUUACAGAAUGCAUUACUGGCCUGGACCUAGUCCAAGAAAUGAUCCGUGUUGCCAGGGGUUACCCUCUCAGGCACACACAGGCUGAUAUCCCCAUCAACGGCUGGGCAGUUGAAUGUCGGGUUUACGCUGAGGACCCCUACAAGUCUUUUGGUUUACCGUCUAUUGGGAGAUUGUCUCAGUAUCAAGAACCAAUACAUCUACCUGGUGUCCGGGUUGACAGCGGCAUUCAACCAGGAAGUGAGAUUAGCAUUUAUUAUGAUCCAAUGAUUUCAAAACUGAUUACAUAUGGUUCUGAUAGAACUGAAGCGUUGAAGAGAAUGGAAGAUGCCCUGGAUAAUUAUGUUAUUCGAGGUGUUACGCAUAAUAUUGCAUUACUUCGAGAGGUGAUAAUCAACUCACGCUUUAUAAAAGGAGACAUCAACACUAAAUUUCUUUCUGAUGUGUAUCCUGAUGGCUUUAAAGGACACAAGUUAACAGAGAAUGAGAGAAACCAGUUAUUGGCAACAGCAUCAGCCUUGUUUGUGGCAUCCCAAUUGAGAGCACAACGUUUUCUCGAACAUGAAAAUUCAAGAGUACCUACUUCAAAACCACAAGUGGCUGACUGGGAGCUCUCGAUAAAAUUGCACGAUGAAGUUCAUACUGUCGUAGCAUCCAGCAGUGGGCCAACGUUCUCCGUGGAAGUUGAUGGGUCGAAACUAAAUGUGACCAGCACGUGGAACCUGGCUUCACCCUUACUGUCUGUCGACAUUGAUGGCAUUCAGAGGACGAUACAGUGUCUUUCUCGAGAAGCUGGUGGAAACAUGAGCAUUCAGUUUCUUGGUACAGUGUACAAGGUACGGAUCUUAACCAAACUCGCUGCAGAAUUGAACAAAUUUAUGCUGGAAAAAGUGGCGGAGGACACAAGCAGUGUUUUGCGCUCCCCGAUGCCUGGUGUGGUGGUGGCCGUCUCCGUCAAGCCUGGGGACAUGGUAGCAGAAGGCCAGGAAAUCUGUGUGAUUGAAGCCAUGAAAAUGCAGAACAGUAUGCUGGCUGGGAAAACUGGCAAGGUGAAAUCAGUGAAUUGUAAAGCUGGAGACACAGUUGGAGAAGGAGAUCUGCUCGUGGAACUGGAGUGAAGUAUUUAUAGCCUUUCAGUCAUCACCCAAUUUAAUUAGCCAUUUGUAUUAUUAUUCUUUCACACUCAAUUUAUUCAAGCAUUUUACAGGAACACCCCUGUGCGGCAGAUUUUACAUGGUCAUAUUUAUUCCACAUAUAGUCAAAACCAACAUUCUGCCAAAAAAUCACCAAUGGAAAUUUUUAUUGAUAUAAAUACAUGUACAUAUGAUUUGUACUUCUGCUGUGAGAUUUCCUAGUGUCAAAAUUAAAUCAAUAAAAAUGAGCAUUUGUCUAAA